AUGAUUGAUGACACAUUCCCUUCCUUUUUAGAAACGCUUCCAAAGUUGAAGGUUGUUAUUCUAAGGUCAAAUAAACUCCAUGGUUCUUUGAAGGGUCCAACUGUCAAGGAAUCUUUUUCUAAAUUACAGAUAUUUGACCUCUCCAACAACAGCUUGAGUGGUUCUUUGCCAUCAGAGUAUUUCAACAACUUCAAAGCCAUGAUGAGCGUUGAUCAGGAUAUGGAUUACAUGAGGGCAAAAAAUAUAUGUACUUCUUAUGUUUAUUCUGUAACAUCGGAAUGGAAAGGUUCAGAGAUUGAGUUUUCUAAAAUUCAAAUUGCCCUCAAUCCACUUGAUUUGUCCUGCAAUAAAUUCACGGGAAAGAUUCCAGAGUCCCUCAGGAAGCUUAAAUCUCUGAUACAGCUCAACCUUUCUCACAACAGCCUCAUCGGUUACAUCCAGCCAUCAUUGGGGAAUUUAACUAAUCUGGAACCGUUGGAUCUCUCUUCAAAUUUGCUUGCUGGAAGGAUUCCUCCGGAAUUGGUAGAUUUAACAUUUCUUCAAGUCCUGAACCUUUCGUAUAACCAUCUUGAGGGACCCAUACCUCAAGGUAAACAGUUCAACACAUUUGAAAAUGGUUCAUAUGAAGGGAACUUGGGUUUAUGUGGAUUUCCCUUGCAAGUAAAAUGUAACAAAGGUGAGGGGCAACAACCGCCACCAUCAAACUUCGAGAAAGAAGAUUCAAUGUUUGAAGAGGGAUUUGGAUGGAAAGCUGUAGCAAUGGUGUAUGGAUGUGGAUUUGUAUUUGGAGUCUCUCUAGGAUACGUUGUAUUUAGAGCAAGAAAACCUGCAUGGUUUGUGAAGAUGGUGGAUGACAGUGCCCAUCAAUAUGGAAAAAGGCUUAGAAGGAAGAAUGCUCCCAGAAAUGGUGGAAGACGAUACUAGCAAGCUACUCAGGGCGGUGUGAGAAGGUACGUCUUGAUAAUGCUUUUAACUAAUAGCGCAAAUAUUUUAUUCCAUGAUCCAUCACCAGUUUAGUUAAUUAACUUGCUUUGUGGACUUAGGUCUAUAAUGGCAGCAGUCAAGAAGAGGGGAUCAUCUUCCAGGCUAGUGUAGCUGCUUUCUUCUUUUCCAAGAGAUCUAAUUUCUUGAGAUGUAUGUGGGCUUU